AUGCCCUAUUGCCCCCAGACAGUCAAGGCCAAAGUCCACUGGGCGUUCUGGCACUGGGGCUCCUGGAUUACUGUGGAGCGCUGUUCCCGCUACGUGGACGUAGACCUCAACCGCUGCUUCACCAGCGCCACCCUCAGUGCCCCACUGACAGAGGACAGCCCAUAUGAGGUGAAGAGAGCCCAGGAGCUCAAUUCGAACCUGGGGCCUAAGGGUACCGCCCAGGCGGCGGAUCUGCUUUGUGAUCUCCACAACACCACAGCCAACAUGGGUGUCUGCCUGAUCGGUUACUCUGACAGCGACUGGCUCUCCCUGCAAUUCUACAAGUACCUGCAGAUGAAGAUGUCACAUGUCCCAGUCCGAUUUCUAAUCUUCAACCUCCCUCCCUCUGAAUCCUACUCCCUGGAGUCUGUGGGGAAGCAUGGCUUUGCGAUAGAAGUAGGGCCCCAACCCCAAGGAGUGCUCAGGGCUGACAUCUUCAUUCAGAUGAAAGAGGGGAUCACUCACCUGCUAGACUUCAUUGAACUCUUCAACACAGGCACAGUGUUCCCCAGCUGUGAGGUGGACAUGUACAGGAGUGUGGGCAACAUCGAUUAUCCCCGAGAUCCCAGGACCCAGCACAUAGCUGCGGCCGUGCACCCCGACAGACAGGUGAGCCUCAUUUCUGCACAGAGACGGGUCAGUCAGGGGCACUGUUGUGACGGAGCUCGCCCUCGCUCUGUGACUGGUCAGUCGGGGGCACUAUUGUGACGGAGCUCACUCCCGCACUGUGACUGGUCAGUCAGGGGCACUAUUGUGACGGAGCUCGCCCCCGCACUGUGACUGGUCAGUCAGGGGCACUAUUGUGACGGAGCUCGCCCCCGCACUGUGACUGGUCAGUCGGGGGCACUGUUGUGACAGAGCUCACUCCCGCUCUGUGACUGGUCAGUCAGGGGCACUGUUGUGACAGAGCUCACUCCCGCACUGUGACUGGUCAGUCAGGGGCACUGUUGUGACAGAGCUCACUCCCGCUCUGUGACUGGUCAGUCAGGGGCACUGUUGUAACAGAGCUCACUCCCACACUGUGACUGGUCAGUCGGGGGCACUAUUGUGACGGAGCUCGCCCUCGCUCUGUG